AUGCCAGUUUGUAAUGGGAAGUUGUGGAUUAAACGAUCAAAUGGAUCAGGCAAUUCAAUGUACGUCAUUAACUGGACGGGAGAAUCGUUCAAAGAUGAGGGUGAAAUGAAGAAACGCAUCAAGGAAUAUAACGAAAAGAAAUGGAUGUGUCGACAUAUGGCACGAGAUGUGAAGUUGUUUCCAUUGAAAGAAGCGUUGCGUCUUGAGAGAAAUGCUUUGGACGAGAUCAGGAAAGGAAUUCCUCGCGAUUUAUUGGUGGAAAUUUGUAAUAUUGUUCAUCAUUGUUUUUCAACUAAAGAAAGUUUGAUAAAAAAGAUCCGUUCAAGAUUGGAUGGGUAUUUCUUCAAAGACGAAUUAGUGUCAUUUACGCAUCUCGACAGGGAAUAUAAAGGAACAAUCAGGAAACGCAUCGAUGCGGAAGAGGCGAAUGUGAAUAACGAUCAAGAGAAUGAGCCAAAAUAUGCGAUCGAAAUAAAUGGCGACAGAAAAGUGAUGAUAAAAAACGUUGAAUCUACGUCAAUCAAACGUGAGUAUGUGUUGAGUGAUCAACAACUGGAUGAUCUCGUCUCGUUAAUCUCCUUCAAAAAAGAUGCUCAUAAUGCGCCUUGGAUUGUUGAUGAUCAAUUCAGAGAGUCGUUCAAUAUUCCCGAUAAAAUUCAUUCGUUGUUCACUUCUUCCAAGGUCGUUCACCCAACCGCUCAAAUAAAACCUUGUACAAAUGAAGCAGCAUCACAUUCUGGUUUUGGUGUUGAUGUUGAAAAUGUUGAUGGAGUGAGAAGGAAGCGAGUAAAGCAACCAGAUGAACAGAAGAGUGCUGCUGGUAAACCUAAGCGCAAGAAGAGUGUGAAUGCUGACCGACGCUCGACGUCCAAUAGCACACAUCAGCAAAGUCUAACCAACUUCCUGGUCACCACUUCAUCGCCAGUUAAAACACCGGCAUCGAUCACUCAAUCAGCAAUCAAUUCACGCAAAGUCGAAGCCACAAUGCAGAAAUUGCUGAACGCUCUGAUCAACAACGACGUCAAAUCGUUCACUACAUGCACUCAGAUCGCUGCUAAAUCUCUUUCACUCAACUCGAUACAAUCCAUUGAUAACGACAUCAUUCGAUUCGCCAUCACCAAACAAUUCCAUUCUCUCGUUGAUCACAACGCUAUGAAGAAAAUGUCCAAUAACGAAAAGAAACUAUAUAAAGAAAGGAUGAGAAAUGAACGCAAAGAUGAACAUAGCAAAAUGGAGAAGAAAUUACAUUGGCUGUUGAAUAAGAAAAUAGAAGACACGUUAAUUGAUCAUAAGAGGUCAUUACCGAUAUACGAUCGUAUUGAGUUGGCCACUGAACAUAAUCAACAACAGUUCAUGGAUUGCUUAGAGCUGUCUGAGUUCUUGAAUUGCUUUAAAGUGAUGCUCCGACCCGACUGUUUACCCUCUGCUGAUGAUUUACUGAAUGCUUUGUAUAAUGGUCGUGAAGGCUUUUUUGAAGUCAUCGCACACAUUUUAAUUGCGUUUCUCAAACUGUUGUUCAACGAUGAGACUGGAAGUAGAUAUAAGGGUUGUGGUAUGCGGUUGGGUGCGAUUGCGGUGACUUUUGGUACGGUUUCUGAAAUGACUCGAUUGGUUUUAAAUGGAAAUGAGAAUCGGAUGCGUACUGAGGGAGAGCAGUCAGCAUGUUCAGAUCAGCAAUCCUCGUUAAUGAUUCAGCAACAACACGAGCACAUCUCAACGGUCGGUGAUAAGUUAGGAGAGAAGGCGUUCUUCGAGUUGGAUGCAGAUGAGCAGUUAGACGUGUUGAUGUUCCUCGAGAAUCGCAUACUCGAAACGAACACUCUAAAUUCGUUUCUGUCUGAAACAGUCACUAAUGAAUUGGCAAAACUCGAGAAUGAUAAGCAGUCGGAAGGGCAAAAGAUGGCGUGUUUGGAAGCGGAAACGAAUGAGCUGAAAGUGAAACUGCAAUCGAAAGAUGACAAUAUGACGAGGCAACAGUCUUUGCUGCUAACCAAACUCGAGAAACAAUACGAUGAGAAUGUGAAAAAGAUGGAGCGUAUCACAGAAAAGAUUCAGUCGAUCACUUCGAAAAUACAGCAAUUGAUGAUCACUCGUGAAAAUGCUCAUCGUGUGAAAGAACUGGGUUCAGAUCGAUUUCACCAACACUAUUGGUUCUAUGAAGAAUCUCCGAAUUGUGGUAUUUUUAUUGAGGGCAAUGCCGCUGAUGUUUCUGUCGUAGCCACGGCAGAUAGUAAUAGUCAACAGAAUGAUACGACAACACCCAAAAAAACUCGUAAAAGGGCGAAAAUAAAAACGAUCGAUGCGUUUAUAAAUCAUCAGCUGACGUAUCUUCUUUUUCAGUUACCAUCAUUCGAGCAUUUCAUUUAUCAUUGCACUCGUAUCAUUCACAACGAUUACAGAUACGAUGAUGAAGCCGUGCAAAAGGAGUGGUUCUUGAUUAGAGAUGAGAACGGUUUGAAGCAGUUGAUGCAGUCGUUGUCCCGCAAUGGAUAUCGAGAGUCGAACCUCUAUUCGAAUAUUCAAUCCAAAUACGACCAGAUUCUAUCUUCAUUCACACGUCUUCUAAAGACGAAGAAGAGUGGUGAGUGUGAGCAGAUGAAUGAACAAGAGCUGAUAUGCGACGAAAUAAAGACGUUCUAUGAUCAGUUGUGCAAGAGCAGUUUAUCAACUAAUUGUGAUGAGGCUCACUCGAGUGAUAUGCAGUCGAUAAGAGACUGGUUACUGCGAAUCGAAGACUCGUUGUGCACACGAGCGUUCGUGUCGUUCGAUCGUUCUCAGUGGAGAAUACACAAGUGUUCAUCGUGUAAUCGUCAACGGAACAGAGAUGAUCUCAUCAUAUGUAAACAAUGCUCACAAGCUAUUCAUAUGCAUUGUAUUCGACCAGUGAUCACAACUAAACCUCCAGAUGGACAGUUUGUAUGCCAAAGCUGCAAUCAAAGUAAUAAAGCUGAAGAGGAAUCUGAGGUUGAGAGUGAUGGGGUUGAGGGUGAGGAUGAGGAUGAAGCAACUUUCGAUCAGCCGGAAUCGAGUGACACUGAGUAUUUGUCGGAGAGUGAUUAUGAACGACCUUCGAAAAAGAAGAAGAAGAAACGAGGCAAAGUUGCAUUUGCAAGGAACAGAACUGAGUAUAAGUACUUCGACACUUACACAAUGGUCAGUGCCGACAGACGAUCUUGGAUCAGUACAAACAAAUUAAAAUUCUCAUUUGAUGCAAUUUAUAUUCAAAUGAAACAUUUUAUUUAUUUUUUCAAGGAACUCGAAGAAGUGUUUUCAAAAUUGGAGAAUGAUAUUCGAAUUUACAACGCACUGAUAACUGUACCGGCUGCGGGACGAUCUAAAGAUAUCACGUUGGAGAACAUCAAAAAACAACUUUAUUCAGCAGGGAGAGAGCAGCUGGCGGCAUCGAUUGAAAAGAGGAGAGUAGCAAACGUGGACGAAUUCGAUUGCGAUCGAGGGACAGAGCAGAGCAUCUGA